AAAGAGAUGCUUUCCUGAUCUACUUGGAGAAGCAACUCCAGGCUUUGACACUGAGUGAUGGCCGUGGUGCAGAGAGACUCAGCAUAGAAGAGGGAAUAAAUAAAAACAAACGCGGAAUAAAUACGCACGCAGUGAGAGGGAGGGCGCGCGGGAUACCUGCGCAUCUCCGCUCUCGACGCAGGUGCGGCGUAAUUCCUCCUGAAAGGGGAGUUUGUUUGGUCCGGAAAGGGGAAGUCAGAGAAGUAGAGAUCUCCCUGGGAUUAUCGCGCUCUCACCUGUUUUUGUUUUGUUUUUUUUUUCUCCUACCUGACAGCAAACUUUCUCAGAUUUGAUAACACCUGCAGUCGCGAUUCAACUCCGCAUUUGGCGAAGAAAUCUUAACUCGGAGCUUUUCCAGAUUGGUGGACUGUCCACUCAGACUGUUCCUGAACGCGGAUUACUAUUACGGAGAGGUUCGGACAGCGUCUUUAUCCACAGUGGAGAAUCCGUGUGAAGUUCAGACGCCAGACGGAGUGUUUCUAUCUUUGCGUUAACUGCUGAUGACGAGGACAAUGCCUGGAUUAUUACAGCCGCUGCUUAACCUGCCCCUGGGAAGAGGGGAGGAGUGAAAAAAGGAGGAUAAAGAAGAAGAAGAAGAAGAAGAAGAAGAGGAAAGCCAGUCGGUGGCGUUUGGCUGCCGUCCACUAGUUCUUUAGCACCUCUGCCGCUUGGGCUCCCACACCUCUUUUUACUGGAUACACGGACACGCAUCUAGAGACGCGCCGGGAGGACCUGCGUUCACACCCUGGGCCGGUGGGAGGUGACUGUCAGAAGAAAUGCCGGUCCCAGGUGCCCUAGUACAUCACCACCGGGACCAUGGCGACUCCUUGGCCAAUGAGAAAAGAGAGGUGUACCCAUGGCUCCGCCUCCCUUGCUAGAUGGUCGGCGUCCUCCUUGAUGCUCCUAUGGUUGCCGUGGGUUUUGUUAUGGCUGCCGUGGCCCGGCCGAGCUGAACAGGUGAGUGGCGGGGGCCACGGUGGGAAGGCGCUCCACGGAUCCCUGUCGUCCCCCUCGUCGUCGUCGUCUUCUUCAUCCUCAUCGUCCUCCUCCUCGUCCUCGGCGCCAUCCGGUACCUCCGCAUGGGGCUUCAACACGAGGCAGAGCGGAGGGCAGCUGGACUGGCUGCUGUCGGAAAAGGGACCCUUCCACAGAUGUCCGGAGUACACCGAGUUCAGAGAGAGGUUCCAGCAGGGAUUUUCUACAAGAUACAAGAUUUACAGGGAGUUCAGCCACUGGAAGGUGAACAGCCUGGCGACAGAGAAGAGAGAUUUCCUCAAAGCUCCUUUGCCCCUAGCGCCAGAGUUCCUACGCAACCUGCGGUUACUGGGGCGACGGCCAACCCUGCAGCAAAUCAACGAAAACCUCAUCAAGAAGUAUGGGACCCACUUCCUUGUUUCCGCUACCCUGGGAGGAGAGGAGUCUCUGACCAUUUUCCUGGACAAGCAGAAGCUGAAUAAGAAGUCUGAGGGAAACAGUAACAGCUCGGUGGUGUCUCUGGAGCUGCUCCAUCAGCUGGCGGCGUCAUACUUCACCGACAGAGAGAGCACCCUGAGGCGACUGCACCACCUCCAGAUCGCCACUUCUGCUAUUAAGGUAACCGAAACAAGGACGGGUCCUCUCGGCUGCAGUAACUAUGACAGCUUGGAUUCAGUUAGCUCGGUGUUGGUGCACAGCCCGGAAAAUAAGAUCCACCUAAAGGGGUUACAGGAUGUCCUCCCAGAGUUCCUGCGGGGGCGUUUCGUGGAGGCCGCCCUCAGCUACGUGGCGUGUAACUCCGAGGGCGAGCUGCUCUGCCGCAACAACGACUGCUGGUGCCGGUGCUCGCCACGCUUCCCAGAAUGCAACUGUCCUUUCGCCGACAUCAAAGUCAUGGAGGAGAACCUGGAAAAGAGCAAAGAGGCUUGGAGCAGCUUCAAUCAAGAGUUCAUGGAGUCAGAUGAGUUCAAAGCCUUCCUGAAGCGUCUACCCACCGAUCGCUUCCUGAAUGUGUCCAUGAUCGCCAAGUUCUGGUCGGCCGACUUGUCCGUCCAGAAGCGCUACACCCAGCUGGAGUCCAGCACCGCCCUGGUCCUGGGGAAAGCCCAGAAGAUCGUCAGGAAACUGUUCACCCUGAGCAAACGCUGCCCCAAACAGCCUCGCAUCAGCCUGCCCCGACAAAGACACGUGGGCUUCUGGCUCAGCAGGGUCCAGUCUCUGCUCUACUGUAACGAACACGGGGUUCUGGGCUCGUUCUCCGAGGAGGUGAGGAGCUGCAGCUGCCCGUCGGACCAGCCCACCUGUCAGGGCGUCAUCCCCUGCGUCAUCGGAACCACGUCCACUUCCUGCUCCUCCUGCGCCGCCGACAACGCCACCCUGUGCGGAGCCUGUCACCAUGGCGACCUCCUCCACCUGGGCUCCUGCAGGCCGAGCAUCGCCGCCUCCCUGGACCAUUACCUGAACUUCGACCUGGACAUGCCCGACGCUGAGGUGAAGUAUCUCCUUCAGCGAUUGGACAGCAGAAUAGAGGUCCACGCCAUCUACAUCAGCAACGACGUCCGUCUCGGAAGCUGGUUUAAUCCUGCCUGGAGGAAGAGGAUGCUGCUGACGCUGAAGAGCAACAAAAAUAAGUCCAAUCUCAUCCACAUGCUCAUGGGCAUUUCUUUCCAGAUAUGCUCCACUAAGAAUUCAACGCUGGAGCCGGUGCCUGCGGUUUAUGUGAAUCCGUUCGGGGGGAGUCACUCGGAGAGUUGGUUCAUGCCCGUGACCCAGCCCGACUUUCCCGACUGGGACAGAACUCGAUUGGAUUCUGUUGCCACGGCACAGUGUUACAACUGGACUUUGUCUCUGGGCGGCAAAUGGAAGUCGUUCUUCGAAACCGUCCACAUCUACCUUCGGAGCCGCAUCGUCACCGACGACCCGACGGUGAACGAGACUCUGUUCUACGAACCGUUGGACCUGGACGACCAGACGUCCAACCUGGGCUACAUGAAGAUCAACACUCUGAAGGUGUUUGGAUACAGUAUGCACUUUGACCCCGAGGGCAUCAAGGAUUUGAUUCUGCAGCUGGACUACCCGUACACUCAGGGUACGCAGGACGCCGCCUUUCUCAUGCUGCUGGAGAUGAGAGACCGCAUUAAUCGGCUUUCUCCGCCGGCGCCGCAGCCUCUGGACCUGUUUUCUUGUCUGCUGCGCCACCGGCUUAAGUUGUCAGCCGGCGAGGUGGCGCGAAUCAAGGACUCGCUGCAGCUUUUCAGCUCCAAACUCCCCAACGCCGUCCCCGAACCGGAGCUGGCCCAGCUGUGCAGCUAGCUAGCUUAGCGCACACGUCAGGUUCAGGGGUGACGCUGUUUCUGGGGACGAUCUGAAGGAACCCCCUGGACAUCAGCUUCUUGGACUUUGUGUUUUUGGAACAUCCAGCUGGGCCUGUCUGAGGAUCGGCCUUUCUGGUGUCACCUUUUAUCUGGAGGCUUGGAGGUUGUGAGCAGAGCUGUUCCACCGUCGGGGGGGUUGGGGUGGUGGUGGGGGGCUGCUGCAGACUUCUGAGAGAACAGCUACAGAUACUGGGACUUCCUCCGGUGAAGCCUGGAGCCCUACUUUUUGCUAUUACUGCCCUGCUUCUGUCAGAACGCUUGUGCAACUGCAUCUGGACGGAGCUCCAACAGCCUGGUGACGUUGGACCAGUGACUAAACCAAGACCUCCGCCUUGUAAAGAAAAAGGCCAUUUUGAUAUGUAAAGAGGAACUCUGGAGGGGGGGUCUUCGACGAGUCACGGAAGAAGAUUCCCCUUUUCUAACCCUAUUUUCUUUGGCUAUGGAACACUCUUACCGGGAAGGGAAACUGGGAUAAUAUUAUAUAUGUGGUGAAUGAGUUGUUAUGUUAUGCUUAACAGUUUAAAAUUUGAUAAUCCUGAACCCUGUUACUGUCUUUGAAUAUUUCUUUUUAAUUCCUGCCUUCCAUUUUACCUGGCAUUUAAAGACUUGUACGAUAAGUAUCUAUGCUUAACAUCUGAGUGAGAAGCCUGUUAGUGAUGUUCUGUCCUUGGUGGUGUGUCUAAACCAAAAGGUGAACGGUGAACACAUCGGCAAAAAUUGAAUGGCAAAAUAUAUUCAAUGUUGAGUUUUCUGUUCUGUUUUUGUUUUAUCGAGCUGAAAAAUCAUAAAGAAAUCUUAACGACGUGGUGACAAAAAGGUCUGCGGAUAUAGCGCUGUAAAUAAUGCUCCAUCUAACCCCAGGUGUGUGAAACAAGUGCACAUUGCUUUUUAGAAUAAACCGAGUGCAAAGACCAAAAAAAUGUUUAUAACAAGACAAACUCAUGCCUUAUAUGGAGAGUCAAUGUUCAAGAUAAGAAGCACAUUUAGUUUCUGUGUUUGAUUUUUUCCAGCGAAGGCUUUAUUGCUUUUUAUAUUUCGAUAUUUCUACCAAGACAGAACAGCAAACACAUUCUCCAGACUACGUGGUAAUGUAGCGUUUCCAUGUAAAUGCCAGUCACAGUUUCUGCAGUUUCCUGUUUUGAUUUGGUGUUGUGAAACUUUGGUCACUAUUCACGGUGCACACCAGUACUUGCAUACUGUAACUGUUCUGCAAAAUCCUUCUAUCUCCACUCAUACACGACCUCGAAGCCACUGAUACGAUCAGGCUGGGGUUUAAUUUAACUUUUUUUUUUCUCAGAUUGGUUUGGGUUAGUCUCAGGUUAACAAAACUUUUUUUUUUUUUUUUUUACACGUGGGCCAGACAGCAGCUGCCGGUUACCUCGGCAAUUGGAGUUACAAGGUUUCUGCAGGGCAGUAAUGGUACUGUUGAGAGCUGCAAACUUGCCAAGAUGAUUUUACAUUUACUUCACUAAUUCCUCACUUCAAACCAGUAAAACGUGUAUGUCAUUUUCAGCGGUUCUUCUGUGCUCAGCUUGCUUAAGUAAAAAAAAAAAAGUGGUUUA